AUGCUCUGGCAAAAGACCACAAUAUAUACAGUAAUUUAUGAAAUCUACCGAAUUUCUGGCGUUGUAAUACUCAACGCUACAAAUUCGGCGGAUUUCAUAAAUUAUGGGGAGGCCAUAUCUGUUGUUGGCAUGCUUCUGAUGAUGUCGGAGUCACCAGGAUCAGUAAUACUGAGUGUCUUAACCCUGAAUUGUUUAAUAAUUAAAAUUUUUUUAGGAAUAACUAAUAAGAACGGUAAUGAUGUCCACUGGUGCGUCAAUACAAGUAGCUGGGAAAAAAAAGGUAGAAAUGCAGCCAGUAAGCUGUUCAAAAAAAUUUGCAUGGGUGACAAACAUUUGACUAAGGAAGAAUAUAAACGCAGAGUUGCUGAACUAUCAGAAAAUAAAGUGGAAAGAAAAUUGCUUGAAAAAGCAAUCAAAGAGAAUGUUUCUGAAGAAGAUUUUGUGAACAGAAUGAUGAAACAACUGCAUGGUAAAAGUUCUUGGUCGCUAAAGUUACUGGCUAAUGAUUCCAAUCCUGAUUAUUCAAAUGAUUCACCAUUCUAUAAAAAAGUUCUCCAACGACCAGGGCAAACAUUUACGUGGAUAAUUGACAACAUAGUAGAAACAGCUGGUACUCAAGGCUAUAUUUGGUUAAAAACAUUAAUGCCUAUCCAGCAAAUUUACAUGCUAGUUGUUCUCUUUUUAUACAAUCUGAUAUCGUUUAAUGUUGUGUUGUGGAUCACUCCAAUUUUGGGUUUCUACGUUUCUUUCUUUGUCAUCAUCAUCUCCACCAUGCAGAUGUUUUACUCUCGAAGAAAACUGAAUGAUGUAAAAGUGCUUGCAGAUAUGCUAGACCGAUUUGCUGAUACAUUCAUUCAAGAAAGUGCUGAAUCUGCAUAUACUUGGAAUUCAUUGACUCCAUACUUCACUCUCUUCAUCUCGUUACCUGGCCUCGCUGUUACUUUUGCCUUAGCCGACAAAACUUGGAUUCCGUGUGCCGAGAUAACGUGCAUCAGCUUGGUUAUUACCGUUGCUUGCUGGUUUGCUCUAAGUGAUAAAUAUGAUCAUUUAGCUAUUCUGGCUAUCUUGCUUGACAAUUUAGCAACUUUGCCUUUCAUCCUAGCUGGGAUGCCUAAAAUUCCUGUAAUAUACCAUAUUCUUGACUUUUUUGCCAACACAGGAAUAUCAUUUAGCAUUUACUCUUGCUUUGAAAUAAAGAUUGGCUUGCCUUCCGUUGCAUUUUUAAUUGUUCCAUUUAUCUUCGCUAAUAUGGCUAUGAGAAAAUCAUGGUCUGGAACUUAUCAAAUUAUGAUUCCUCAUUUGGUUUGUUUUUUUUGGUGGAGAAUAACGGUUAUGUUUUUUCCACAUACUACCUGGAUAAGUCUGUUGAGAGCAUCAUGUGGGUGGGGUAUUCUUGUCAUUCUAAGCCCCUUCAUUGCCACAAUAGGUGUGGUUUAUUUUAUUAUUUCUUUGUUAAAAAUAUUUUCACUUUCUGGGAUGUUGAAACUUUUAACGACUCUCUUUUUGUUAGCAUCCGUGGCCAUGUUUGCUUAUUGGUCAAAAGGAGGUUUCAAAUUCUGGGGCUUCAGUCUUGAUAACAAAUCGGCAAAGACUAAUAUUGUACUCACAUUAAUUCUUGUGCUUUCAGCUGUUCCCCUGGCUUACAUUGCUGUACCAGAUGAUUCAGGCAAACCAACGAACUACCUCCCGUGGCACAUUUAUGAAAAGCAUUGUGGAAAUUUAAAAGUCGACAAUUUUGUAACAAGUUUAACUAUGGUCAACUGUCAAAGUUUAGUCCAAGUGAAAGUCAAUUGGACCGCUCAAGUAAAACAGUCAGCUAUAAAGACUGUCGAGAAUCAAGCAGAAAGUAUCAUAAGCAUGCUUCCGGCAUUUUUAUCCAGUUGGCUGAGAUGUACAUACGGCGAUGAAUAUCCUGAAGAUUGUACUACUUUGUUAGAUGAAUUGAACGUUGACAUGUGUCAUUAUAAUAAGAACCAAAGUAGAUACUGUCAUUUAACAAAAUUAAAUAGGUAUACCUUCGAAGUUACAGUUUUAGUGGAAAAAACGGAUCAGAUGUUCAAAUUAAUAAUGCCACACACAUUUAUGGAGGCUGUAAAGGUUCUGGAGAAAAAUGAUGAAAUUUUAUUUAGAGGAUUUCUUCACGAUAACUUAGGUAAUACGGUUCCAAACAUUAAAGUUUAUAACUUUAAAUGCAUUUCGUGCGAAAACAGUUUCGCAGCAAUUCAGACUGGGAGUUGGUCCUACACCGAAUUAUAUGCCAAGGGGCUUCGUAGCAUCUUGAACUUCUUUUUUUCGCCCCUAUUAGUGUUUAAUUUUUGA